AUGAGAGGGUCUGGUCCCUGGGAAAGAGGGCCCCUAGCUGGCGAGGGGACUCUGCCGUCUCAGGCCCCUUCCUGUCACCCAGAGGAGAACAUUGAGGAGGACGAGCUGGAGGCCCAGGACACUGAGCUCCCAGCAGAUGCCUUCCACAAGCCAGUGGUGACCUUCAAGGACGUGGCUGUGGACUUCACCCGGGAGGAGUGGGGGCUGCUGGGCCCAACCCAGAGGAUCCUUUACCGCAACGUAAUGCUGAGGAACUACAGCAACCUGGUGUCCCUGGGACUUCCCGAUUCCAAACCAGACGUGAUCUCCAAGUUGGAGCAGUGGGAAGACCCCUGGAUUGUAGAGAGAGAUGUCCCGAGAGGCUCCUGGCCAGACUCAGAGCCGGACAGCCGGCCUGCACCACCUCCUCCAGAUGAAGAUGCAUCACCUCAGAGGUGUACGACAACAGGACUCCCGGGGCAGGAUUUCUGGUACACCAUGUUGAGAGACGUCCCGGAGCUGGAUGGCUGGGCAGUGGAGGGACGGCGGCACUGCAGCCAACACAAGAAAAGCCCCCAGCAGAGUGUCACGGGAAGUUUCCCCUGGAGCCUGUUUCUCAUGGAGCAUCAGGCCACUCCAGCGGGGGUGCAAGCUUCUGAGAACCAUGGCCACAAAAACAGCGGGUCAGUCCUAGACCAGGGUCACCCCUGCAGAAGUGAAGGGGUAUCUGGGGAAGCCUCUGCCUGUUUCCCAGAGCUUAGUCAGCCACAAGGAGUCCAUACUGGGGAGGGCACACCAGCAUGCAACGAUGCCUUUGGCAAGAACACACGCCUGGUGAGCUGUCAGAGGAUUCCUGAGGGGAGGAAGUCCUAUGCAUGUGAGGAGUGUGGGAAGGCCUUCAGCCAGAGCACGCGUCUCAUUCAACACCAGCGGAUCCACACUGGCGAGAAGCCCUACGUGUGCCGGGAGUGCGGACGUGCCUUCAGCAAGAACUCAUCCCUCAUCAAACACCAGCGGAUCCACACUGGCGAGAAGCCCUAUGUGUGCAGCAUCUGUGACAAGCGCUUCCGCGAGAGUUCGGCUCUUGCCAGACACCAGCGAGUACACACAGGCGAGAAGCCGUAUGUGUGCAGCGAGUGCGGCCGCGCCUUCAGCCAGAGCACCCACCUGGUGCAGCACCAGCGCGUCCACACCGGGGAGAAGCCGUUUGCCUGCAGUGAGUGUGGCAAAGCCUUUGCCAGCUCCUCGGCUCUCCUCGUCCACCACAGGACCCACACCGGGGAGAGGCCCUAUGUGUGCGGCGUGUGUUGCAAGGCUUUCAGUGUCAGCUCGUCCCUGGCUGAGCACCAGCGCUGCCACACCGGGGAGAAGCCGUACAUGUGCCAUGAGUGCGGCAAGGCCUUCAGCCAAAGUGCAUCCCUCAGCAAGCACCAGCGGGUGCACACGGGCGAGAAGCCCUAUGUGUGUGUUGAGUGUGGGCACGCCUUCAGCCAGAGUUCAUGCCUGGCCAAACACCAGCGGAUGCACACGGGUGAGAAGCCCUAUGCCUGCAGCGAGUGCGGGCGCGCCUUCAGCGAGAGCUCCUACCUGACCCAGCACAUGAAGUUCCACAGUGGUGAUAAGCCCUACAGGUGUGCCGAGUGCAGGAAGCGUUUCAGCAGCUCCUCUGCUCUUGUCCUGCACCAGCGGAGCCACACAAGAGAGCGGCCCUAUACAUGCAGAGAAUGUGGCAAGGCCUUCAGCCAGGCCAAGUUCCUCAUGCAGCACCAGCGCAUCCACACUGGGGAGAAGCCCCACGUUUGCAGUGACUGCGGGAAGGCCUUCAUGCAGAGCUCAUCCCUCGCCCUCCAUCAGAGGACGCACUCGGGGGAGAAGCCGUACAAGUGCAAUAAGUGUGGCAAGGCCUACAUCCAGCUGUCACACCUAACUGAGCACUACCGGGCGCACACCAGUGAGCGGCCCUAUGCCUGCAAUGUGUGCGGCAAGGCCUUCAGCCGCGGCACACACCUCACGCAGCACCAGCGGGUCCACGCAAGCGCCAAUCCUUUUGUCUGUGGCACUUGUCAGAAAACCUUCCCUGAGGCUGCAGCCCUCCUUCUCCAUCAGAGAGUUCACAUUGAAAAGAAGCCUUUCAAGUGUUGCGAAUGCGGCAGAGCCUUCAGCCAGAGCAGAUUCCCAGUCCAGCAUCAGGGAACUCACUGCCCGGGGAGACCGUGUGAAUACAGCGAGCACCAGAAUACCCUCAGCAACUGUUUAGUUCUUGUGCGUCAGUGAAGUGCGGGCCUGUGGAACUGUGGCAGAGGCCUUCUGUCUAUCCUCGGUGUCCUGUCCUCCAUUCUCAGGUGGCCCCUGUGCGUAUCAGGAACGCAGGCUGGGUGUGGUGUGGCCCCUGCUGGGUCACCUACCUCAUCAGGUGAGAAAGAGGGAGUGUGUCUUGGAUCCGCGUUCCUCUUUAGGAAAUACCCUCUGUGAAGAUGUCAGAGUUGCUUCACCAAAACCUUCUGGAAGGUACCCUGGUGUUGCAAUGGUUAAACACCUGGCUGCUAACCAAAAGGUUGGUGGUUUGAACCCAGCCAGCAGCUCUACAGGAAAGACCAAGUGAUCUACUCCCGUAAAAGUUACAGCCUAGGAAACCCUAUGGGGGCAGUUCUGCUGAGUCCUAUAGAAGCUCUAUGAGUCGGAAUUGGGUCCAGGGCACCCAACAACCACCUUAAUUCUUCUCAAUCAUGCA